GGACGGGUCGCAUACUCGCGUUGCGCCAACCGCGCGCAUUACCGUCGCAUACCCCGUCGUACGCGCACUCCGCUCCCGAUCGCCGCCCGUGGACCGACCGUUUAUCCCGUUUUUUUUUUCCGCCACAGCAUCGACAGCGAACAUUAUGAGGGAAAUUUUACAUUUGCAGGCGGGCCAGUGCGGCAAUCAGAUCGGAGCCAAGGUAAACAACGAAACGUAAUUUUAUGCGCGCGCGGAAUUCGGACCGGGAAACCAACGUCCGCCGCCGCCGUCGCGUUUUCCGUUGGUCCGGCGCGCGUGACGACGUCACGUCUGGACCGGCAAUCCCGCGGGAAAGGUUUCCAUCUGUUUUUCCCGGAAAAGCCGCGUUCGAUACGUGGUGGCCGCGCGCGCGUGUGUGUGUCCGACGCGGAUAAGGUAUUCCGGUCGUUUUUCGCGCGAGGCCUCAAACACCACCACCCCCCCCACACAUACACACUCACACACACCACCACAUACACCCUCCCGGUCCGUCCGUCCGCCUUCACGUUCCGCCGUCGGCCGCGGUGGUGUCGUCGGGUUUUCCGCGGCCUCACGGAAUCUCGACGACAACAACCGCAAUAGUCGGAACACGAGGUUUCGAUCUUGACAAUACCCAUUCGAUUAUUAUACUCCUGCACGGCAGCCCGUCAUUUAAAUUCGUCUCCGUUGGCCGACGACGAAAUUCUGGGGCAUUAUUACAAUAACGUGGUCCGCGCGUUUAUUCGGCAGCUAUAUCACCAAACGGUGACGCGUUUGUUAUUUUUUUUUUCUCUCUCUCUCUCUCUCUCUCUCUCUUUCCGACGACCGUCAAUGGUUAGUAAAACGCGUUCCGCAGGUACGUUCAUUAUAGACAUCGUAUUUACUCGGAGCCCGUUGUAACGUCACGAACGUACAAAACGCACGCGUGCCGCAGUUUCUGGCGGCGUGAUAACAAUUAUAAUAAUUAUUGUAACAUGAGUUUUCAGAGGACGUGGUUCAUACGGUUAGGCAGGCAGGGUACCCGUGAAAAUUGAAAACAUACAAAACGGUCGUGUGUAGCAGGUAAAAAACCGAUUCCCCAUGCACGCGGCCGAACGAUAUUGUAAUGACGUUAUUGUUGUUUCCCGCGCGCAUACGUCGUGUUUCAUUCGCGGCGAAUUGUCACGCCGUACCAAAAUCGCGUUGCGCUACUUUUUUACGCGCGAAACGAAAAACUCGUCCGCCCCGCCGACGGAAACCGAUAAUUUCACCGCGGACCUUCACCGAAUUCCCCAAGACGUCCAUCCGUUUUGUGGAAUCGUCAAUACCCUGUACGGUUUGCUAUUUGUGUAUUGUCAAAAGCACGCGACCCGUAUAGUUCCAUCGUGGUGGCAACAAGUGACGCCAGUGCGCAGGUAACAUUUUUAAAAACGGCCCGUUUCGUAGAUUCUCUGAAAACAGACGCCGAAUAAAGCCGACGCUUUCCGGAAUAAUAAUGUGCGGCUUACCGCCCGCGCUGUGUUGAUCGCCCCGCACAAUAUUAACGACCCCCACUCCCAUCGUUAUUUUUGAAAAUGUUCGCCUCGCCGCCGGCGUAACACGCUGCAAACCUCGUCGCCCAUCGUUUUUCUUUUUUUUUUUUUUUUGAAUAUUUCAUAUUCCACGUCCGUAUUUGUACGAGUAGACGUACCUGCUCGACACGAAAUCGGUUGGAAAUUCCUGGACGCGCCACUGCUAGGGCGCUGGUCCAUAAUAACGCCGUGUUUCGAUGCGACAACCACAACGCGGUGCGAAUUCUCGUUCAAAUCGUGCAGCGACUGUUGCACUUCGACCGUAGUUUGGGCGCCACUGAUUCCGUGCCGUCGUUUUGUCAUCAUCGCAAGCGCGCGCGUGUUGUUGGUGCUGGGUGUUGUACUUGCGUCGCGUUUUAUCUUUGUCGUUUUAAUUCGUAUCGUGUGAAUAUCAUCCGAAAAUGUGUCCGUCGGGGUCAAUGUACCCUCGACGUCGUUAAUUCACAAUUAUUAUUAUCGUCCGCGAUGCACACGUGCGAUACGAUUUGAAUAAAAUCACCGGCGAGAAAACGAAAUCGGCUCAUUAUAAUAUUAACGUCAUCGUUACCGUCGUAAUUAGGCAUACGUAUACAUGUCUGUGUCUAAUGAUGCCGGAGUUCGACGAAAGGCGUACCGUAAUAUUAAUAAUAAUCAUAGCAGUGCAGGCGUUUAACGAAACGUAGAACACCAUAUCCCAACACCAAAUGUCUACCUGCCAGUCUAUAGACGUUUUAAUAAAGUGCCCGAAGUACAGAUUACGUCUUGCGUUAAAACGGAAAAUCCGAAGGGGCUACAUUUUACAAAAAUAAAAACGUAUGGACGGGGGAAAAAAAAAAAAAAAAUCCCCGUCGAAAUCAGUCCCGGGUCGGUAAAAUUAUCAAGGGGAUUGUUUGUUUUGCGUUUUGUCUUUGAACGUUCGGACCCGAUUAUAAUAAAACGCCAACAAUGCAUUGAUUGCGACCCGACCGCUGUACCAUACCAAUCGAAACCACUAGGGCCCGGGACCCGGAUUCGGACGCAGCCAAAACGCCAAAUAUUUUACGGCAGCCACGCGACACGACCGCGCACAUCGCGUCAUAUUUUUCGAAACACGUUUGUUGAGCACGCUCUCAGCGGUCAAACAACAAGAAUCCCCGGACAAGCGUCGAUGUACGACGCGAUUGGGUACGAAAAUGGGCGCCGACGUUGCCGUGUAAUUUUAACGCACCGAAAGAAAAUGGCCACCGCGUGCCCCGUAGACCGUAUCCGUUGGGCCGAACUCGAUACGGCUCCGCGAAACCCGGUGACAUAAGCCUAAGUGUGAGGCCUUCAGAUCUGGUCGACGAGAAAACGUGGAUGAAGAGGAUGGGGGUUUAGGUAUAUCGGGAGGGAAAAAAUCCCCGACGGGAAGGAGACGAGGUCCUCCGGGUCCGUGAUGAUGAAUCGUGUUGUCCAAAAGGCCGCCAAAAAAACGACCGUGUUUAAUAGCUUUUCAGCGAUUUUACAUUUUCACUACAAUAUACAGAGUGCAGCCCGAUAUAGUCCCAGAUUUUGGGACCGGGUACUUUAAAUAAUCAUUUGAAAUAAGAGGUAUCGUAAAAACAAAAACAAAAAAAAAAACGUAAAUUAUCACUACUGAGGUAUCAGUUUUAGAUUCUGAGUGGAGCUAGGGAAUGCAUUGAUUUUAUAAUAAUUUUUUUUUUAUUAUAUUUUUUUCUGUGUUCAACUUUUUACCAGCAAUUUUGCUCCGAUUUUUAAGUGUAGCAGUUUUUCUGAAAGGUCAUUUAUUGAUUUACCUAUCGAUUUUCAUGAUUAAUAGGAAAAAUGAGAAAAUUUACGAAAGUUAAUAUUUUAUAUAAUUACUUGGCGGUAAUAGAGAUAACUUAUUAUCAACAUAUUUUCCUUCCGUUCUUUUUUUCGUUCAAUCAAUGAACAACUACAUUUUCUAUACAGACUAUGUCGAACUCCGAUUUUUCAUUCGAUUUCAUAUGGAUAAUAGUAAAAAAUAAUUAAAGAUUGAACAUUUUGAAUUACGUGUAUAAAGUUUAAGAUUAACAUAAUAUUUAAAAACGACGUUUUAUACGCAUUGUAAAAAGUCUUCCUCUUUCCAAAAGAAAAACGAUCGCCGAAAUAAGACCAUCAUCGUAUACGACAAGUUUUUAUGAGCCAAAAAACGCCCUGGCACCGUGCCUUUUAAUUAUUGAAUUCGCUCGUAGUAACACAAUAUUUUUCAAAAAGCGGUUCUCAAAAUAUAUUAUAUCUCGAACAUCCCCCCCACCCCCUCCGAUUCGUGUAGAUCUUUUCGCUCGACGUUUAAUUAUCAUUUUUUUUUUAUACGCCGCAUCCAAACAUUUCUAACUUUGUGGAUGUGUUAUAAUUAGGGCUAGGAUUUCCAUGCUUCUGCAUACUUUUUUCCAUUAGUCUAAAUUGAAUGGUUGUCAGAUAUGCCCACGAUUUAGCUUAUUUCUGGUUAAAUAGAACAAUUUUUGUUUGUAUAUUUGAAACAUAAUGCAUAUACCUAUAAUUGCAUGUUUAGAUUUUCGAGAAUCUUAAGAAUUUUAAAUGGUAUUUAUUUAAUGAAUGUCUGUAUAGUAAUUGUUUUAUUUGUCGAGUUGUCAUAAAUAUUGUCCAAUAUCAGCCUUGUCUUGGAUUACCUACACAUUAUUGGACGACGCAUAUUGUGAGACAGUACAAAUUAGUACUAACAAACGAUAAAAAUAUCGGACAUCGACCACUGCAUUGGUUGUUUAUCGUUAGCACGUUAAUUUAUAUUUUUAGUAGAAAUAAAAAAAUUAAAUCUGUUUUGCAUAUUUCACAGGUUUUUUUUUUUUUUAUCGCAUGUAAAUCCUAGCCCCAGUCAUAAUAAUAAUCCAUGUACCCAAUAAUUAUGAUUAUUGUAACGGCGGCUUUGAAGCUGACAUCUGUAUUGGUGGAAGCUCUUAUAAUUAUUAUAGUUUAUUAAAAGUCCGUGAUUCGGAUAUUGUGACCAUAUUUUACUGUUAUUUUUAUUUCGAAAGUAUUUACGGGAGGCGAUUCGCGAUGUUCGUAAAUGUGAUAGGAGGGUAUAAUAUCAUAAUAUUCGGCGAGUGUGGCCGGUCGCGCUAAAGGAGAAUGUUUCUCCGGCCGGCCGCAAGUUUCCGACGGAAAAAUGGUCGUCACGCGGUUUCUUCUCCCGCCGUCGUCGUCGGUUGGUACCGUUCCAAAAGCUCCUUUUUCUCUCUCUCUCUCUCUCCCGCGUGUAUUUUUAGAGUCGCGUCGGAUAUCGUCUUGCACGACAAUCCGAAUUCGGUCGUAUAUGGACCCGAUGACACGUCGGCCGUUAGCGUUCGUUAGCCGGCCGUGUUAUUAUUAUUGUUAAUAUUAUUUCCGACGCGGCGGCCCCUGGCCAUUUUCGCGGCGGCGGCGGCGGUGUCCCGUCCGAGUGCGCCGCCCUGGCGCCCGGCCACGAGUUCGACAAACUCGAAACGCGUGAAACACGCCGCGUCCGAUUCCAGACUAGUUUUUUUUUUUUUUUUUCUGUUCGUCCCGCACUUUUUCUCUCGUUCGCGAUACGUUUCGGUAUUUUGGAGACGAUCUUUUCUACUGUACGAAAAAAAGAAAAAAAAAAAAAAAAGGUAAAAAGAAAACAAAUCUUAAACUGAGAUUAAUCGCGGCACACGACCAACGACGGUCGUUUACGCUCGAUGGGUCCGAUCGCGCGUGCAUUUGUACAGAUCCCGUCCGAGUUCGGUCAGAGCCGCGCGAAACAUUAACCGUGAUAUUAUGUCGGUUUUAGAAGAUUUAUAAAACCAAACCGAUUACCCGAACCCGAUAAUACUGUUCCAAGGUGUCCCGAGUGUUUAUAACCGACGAAAAACAUUAGAGGUUAAAUUUGAAGUUUACCACUUUUCACUUUUAAUCGAUUAAGUCUCUUGCCUUGGUCCUCGCCGUGCGGAUUGUUAAAAACAUACUUAUUAGAAUACGGUUAUUGGUGAUGCGCUCUGCAAAAAAAAAAAAAAAAGAAAAAACGUAUUUUAUACACGAUUAACGGCCGUCUAAACCCGUGCUAAAUGUAUUGAAGUCGGUUACCGGUGAGCGUGUUUUAGAAAACGUAACGGAACGAAACGCCCCCAGACCGUUGCCGCCAUCGAUUCAGAACAAAAAUCAAAUUUUUUCCCGGACUAAUAAAAAACGUUAUAAAAUGUAAAACGUCAAAUCGUUAACCGUGUUUGAAACGCUCGUUUUUGUUCAUUCUCGAAAAACGACUGCUGUACCGCGCGUGCAUCACGGGGCGCACCGUAGUGAUGUUGACGAUUCGCGUUUGCGAGGCCUCGGCGAUCGGUGAUUUCGUAGGAUAUUCGUUGUUUUUCGAUUCGCCCCGGCGCGGCUUUUACCGCCUUGCAAACAAUACGCGCGCGAACCAAUGUUUUACGAAAAGCGACUCGUUCCGACCGUGCGGGUAAUCUAUCGCUGUAAGUAACCGUACGCGCGCGUACGCCGUGUACCAGCAGUGCGAAACCUAACCUCGUACCGUUUAACAUUUUUUUUUUUUUUUCCCCACGAGGAACUCCUCGUACGGCGGCGCGCGGUUACUCGAAAAAAAAAACGGCGCGACCGCGUUGCCGUGCCUCCGCCGUCGCCGAUUGCGCAACACCGUGCGUCGCGUUCACAAACAAAAUUAUUCGGCGUUUGUUUUCCGUACGGAACGUUAUUUUAAUGUUUACACACACGCGCCGCCGCGCCAUUGGAAUUCGUCGCGUAGGCUUAUCGGUUGUUUUAACGUGCGGGACGCGCGCGGUCGUAACUGUUGCCGUUGCCGGUACACUGUAGAGGGGGGGGUGGGGGGUGUAGCGCACGCGGAAUAACACGAACGUUACGCGGCCGUCAAUCGCGUUUGUUAUUAAUUAUUUUUUUCGUGUUUCGUGUCCGAAUCGGUUAGGUAUCCGGGUCGGCGGUCGGUUAUCGUGGAGGGGGUGGGGGGACGCAUCGUCCGAACGGGUUCUUCAAAGGCUUCUUUCAAAAGCCGUUGUUCCGGUGGUUUCCCGACUCCCGUUUCGUCCCGUACGCGUGCGUUAUUGACGAUACAAUAUUGUUUUCAGAUUAUACAUCCGUACCAUAAUGAUGGGAAAUAUCUCAAUAUUAGAAAUAAUUGCAAUUCGGCUCGUUUCGAAAGUCUUUGCCGACGUCUGGCGCGUUUCAGACGUCGGUAAAAAAUAACAACACGCUGCGGCCCGCUGACCCCAAGUGGAGGAGCGAGGGCUCCGUUCCGUAUGCGUCUACUCGUUUUUUUUUUAUUUCCGCCAUUCCGGAUUGCGGGUUUCGGAUGGUCAAAACACUGUACUGAGUAUUGUACAUUUAGGGACGGGCCGCUAUUCCGAUAUCCGAUGUUUCAAUUCGAAAACCAUGAGCUAAUGUCGAAAUUAACCUAUGUAUUGCUCGGGAGAUCAAAUUUAUUAACGCUUUUUUCGUUAUCCAAAGACAUUAGACAAUUUUUUUCCAAAAAUAUCGGUUAGAAAAAAAAAAAAUACUGAUACCGCCGAUAUCGAGUAUCGGCUUAUACAUCGGCCCACCCCUAAUAUUAUGAUAUUGCGCAGAUGCGUGUAACGACGACACACUCGUUGCACGUUUGAACGGCGCCAGCGGUGAUCGGAGUUCCGGCGGGUUUAAUUUAAAUGUUUUUAUUUAUCUCGCGUUGCCCCACAUGCAAUGUUCCGAAUAUAUUAUGUUCGUUUUCCGGUUUGUUUUUUUCGUAUUCGAUUCGUGUGAACUGUGAAAUCAUAAAAUAUAUUAAUAUAUAGGUACAGUACAAGAGGUCUUCUAUAUUAUACUUUAUACCUCGUCGUCUAGAUUAGGUGUAAUCUGGGUUUAAACUUUCAAACUAUAACUGCAAUUACCGAUGACCCCAUUUGGUUCUAUGUUAUACAGGGCGAUCAAUAUAUUAUAACGUAAAACAUUCAUUAUCUCGGUUUCAAUUUAAUUUUUUUUUUUUUUUUUUGAAAAUAUAAGAAACAAACCGUUUCAUUACUCUUAUUUUUGCCACUCUUGUGUUUCUCACAUUUCGAUUUUCAGGUUUUAGUUUUAAUACAUUUUUAAUUUCCAUCAAUCCGUCGUUGAGUUGUUCCACUUUUAUAAGUUCGUGGGUAUUAUAGUGGAACACCAUUGACGGUGCGGCAAAUACUUUCUGAAAUAAUGAUUGUCUCAAGUUUUAUUGAUAACUCUGUACACGCGUUUAUUACUAAUCAAAUAAGUAGUAAGUUAGGUAUGUAAGUACUUAUAGGGAUAUUUAUAGUAUGUAUCGAGAAGAAAAAGUAGGUACGCAUUAAUUGGAUUCUCAAAUAUCCCGGGAAAUAUUAUGUGUACAUAAAAAUAUCAAAUAACAAACAACGCUGAUUUAAAAUAAUUCGAUAGAGAAACCUUUCAAUGAAGACGGCAAAAAUACGGGAAUGCAUUAUUACUUGUUGGUGGGACAGCGAAAAUAAAUUAAUGUGGCAUUUGACUACGUUCAGUUUAGCCGUAUAACUUUAUAAUAUAUACUGGACAGACACCAGAAAAUAUAAAUUGUCCACGUGAAACUUAGACGGGAUUGGCAAUCCUAUUACAGAUAAAAACGACCGUCAUUAAAAGUUAUUUUUGUAAUCGGAUGACAGCCAAUAAAAAAAAAAACAAUUACAUUGGGUAGACGUUUGUUAUCAAUCUAACUAUACUUAAGAAUAAUUAAGACCACAACAGUACAAGACUCCAAGGGUGCUUUAGCUGCGAGUUCUUUUUCUGUAUAUUUGAUCAUUUACUUAUGUGUUUUGAUAUUUUAUUAUUUAGAAUAUUUGUUCGGUAUCUAUUAAUUGCAGUGAUUACUACUUACUAGUAUAAUUUUUUUUAUACAAACAUAUUUAUUUAAUAAUACUAAACUUGUGGUUUUUGAAUAGAGAUCAAUUAUCACUGUAUAUUAUUUAUUGUUUUUCUUUGUAAAAACAGUAAUAAUUGUUUACACUUUUUUUUUAUUAGAUAUUCCUUUUGCGCAGGGUCCUCGUUUGACAUUUUGGCCGUGGGGCUUCUAAAAUUGCAUAGUAGUAUACUUUGAUGAUGAUUUAAGAUCGAAGUCUCGUCAAAUUCGUAUCGUCAAACGAAUCUGAAUCGACUCUAUAAUAAAAUUGACGUCACAAAUGAUUUUAAGUGCCUGGUAGUUUAUCGGAUAUUAUAAAAUGUAUGAUUAAUGUUCAAUUUUUAAUUAACAAUAACCUCGGAGGUUCAUGAGUGUACUUAUACCUGUAUAAUUAUUUAUAAUAUUUCCAUAACGUUACGAAACACGACAGCAUAAUGUGGUAUAUUAUAUUCGGUACUAAAUUUCAAUAAUUUGACUAAGCAUAAUCAUUUAUGUAAUUAAUACGCAUUGAACUAUAUACUCGUAUUAUUAUUGGCCCCAAUGUCAAAGGAAAUUUUUUUUUUACGAGUUGUGCCGUUAUAAAAUAUAAUAUAUAAUGAAAGUUACGAGUGAAAGACGUUUACACAAAUACUUACUAAGUGAAUUCUUAAUAUUAUAUAUUUUAGAAAUCUGUAUUAUUAACAAUAUUGUAUAAAACGUUCUGAAAAAAGAUACGAAUAUUUUAACCAAAUAUAUUGUUUCAUCGUUUGUUGUUUUUUAUAUUUUACUGCUACAGGUUAAACGAAACAUGCCUUUUACUAGACACUUCCGAAUAGUCUUUAUGGUAUCGAUAGUUUGGACGAACUAUCGAAUAUUUUUUUCCCUGACCAAAUAGUUAAACUAUUCUGAGUAUUCAUAUAGUCUUUAAGAUUUCUUUUGCUUUAGUAAAACGGGAAAAUCUAGGGACAUUUUAUAAUCAAUGAAAACUUAGAUUUUUGUAUAGAAAUAAUAAUGUUCCAUUAUUAUUAGUUCUGCAAUAAUUGUGUUUAAACCAAACGUACAAUGUGUAUAUUAUGCGUUGUAAUAGAUAUCUAUGUUUAUCAUAUAAUAAUAUAUCUACCAUAAAUAUAGGUUUGUCAUUUCAAGUACAUACUUGUAUAUUUUAUGCUAACUUGACUAUAUCAAAAUCAUCAUCGCAAAUAUGUUACAUACCUUUAUAAAAUCAUUACCAUAAUGUUACACUGCUCGUAUAGCGUACAUACAUAUUUAUAAUGUAAUAAAACCAUUUUUGAAAAAAAAUUAAUUUUACAGUUUUGGGAGAUCAUUUCCGACGAACACGGUAUCGAUCCAUCUGGAACGUAUCACGGUGACAAUGAUUUACAACUGGAAAGAAUUAAUGUUUACUAUAACGAAGCCGGCACAAGUGAGCAAAAAAUCCAUACCCCCACUGUAAGACGAGUAACUAACGAGUGUUGUGUGUGCGUUUGUAUUUUUUUAAGAAGGCAAGUACGUGCCCAGAGCUAUUCUGGUUGAUCUGGAACCCGGUACCAUGGAUUCUGUGCGUUCCGGACCGUUUGGACAAUUAUUCAGACCCGAUAACUAUGUUUUCGGCCAGAGUGGAGCAGGUACCUAUUCAGCCUUGCCAUAAUUAUUCGUGUUCAAAAUUAUCGUAUUAUACCCAAACAAUUUUUGUUUUUAGGCAACAAUUGGGCUAAAGGUCAUUACACAGAAGGAGCUGAGUUAGUGGAUUCCGUUAUGGACGUGGUGCGACGUGAAGCUGAAAACUGCGAUUGUCUACAGGGAUUUCAACUGGCUCAUUCUUUAGGCGGCGGUACAGGCUCCGGUAUGGGUACCCUGUUGAUCUCAAAAAUCCGAGAAGAAUACCCCGACCGCAUAAUGAACACAUUCAGUGUAGUGCCGUCCCCAAAGGUCUCAGACACUGUAGUGGAACCGUACAAUGCCACAUUGUCUGUCCACCAGUUAGUCGAAAACACAGACGAAACAUUUUGUAUUGACAAUGAAGCUCUAUAUGACAUUUGCUUCAGAACGUUGAAAUUGACCUCUCCAACAUAUGGUGAUCUUAACCAUUUGGUUUCGGUGAGUGCUUUAUUAAAAUAGAUAAAGUUUAGAUUUUUGACCAAUUCUAUAAUGUUAUUGAUAUUUUUGCUGUAGGUGACCAUGUCAGGAGUAACAACAUGCCUUCGAUUCCCUGGUCAGUUGAAUGCUGACUUGAGAAAACUGGCUGUCAAUAUGGUACCCUUCCCGAGAUUACAUUUCUUUAUGCCCGGAUUUGCUCCUCUUACGGCUAGGGGUAGUCAGUCUUACAGAGCUUUAUCAGUACCUGAACUUACACAACAAGUACAUAACCAAAAAAUAAUAUCAUAAAAUAUGUUAUCAAUUUGUUUCCUUUAUAUGUGUGUUUAAUAGAUGUUUGAUGCCAAGAACAUGAUGACGGCUUGUGAUCCUAGGCAUGGUCGUUAUUUGACAGUAGCUGCCAUAUUCAGAGGAAUAAUGUCCAUGAAAGAAGUGGAUGAUCAAAUGUUAAACAUUCAGAACAAGAAUUCAGGGUAUUUACAAUUAAAACCUUGUUUAUUUAAAAAAAUAUAUAUUUAUAAAAUCCAAAUACCACUAACUCACUGAUUUCUGUAUCUCAAAAACUACUCAUCGUACAGACUUAAAAUUUGGAAUAGUGGUUCCUCUAAUACUUUCACUGUGCAAUAAGAAAAUAUUUUUGAAAAUUCAAUCUCUAAAGGGGAAAAAUAGGGGUUUUUAGGUAUAUUUGAUGCAGAUAUCAAAUUGCUUAAUUAUUUAUUUUGUUUGUUCAAGGGUUACCUUGGUAAUAAAACUAUUAUAAUUAUUAUUACUAUUAUUUGGACUAAUAAAAUUUUACAAUACAACACAUUUAGUCUGUCGAAGGUAGACUACCCACUUUCCAACUAUUUGUUUUCAUUAAAUUCUGGCACGGUUAAAAUCAAAAAUUAAUAUGGGUAAAAUAAUAAUAAUAAAAAUUGGUAUGGGCAACAUCGACGUGAAACGACUAGUAUAUAUGUAUAAUAACUAUUAUAAAUUUAUUAUAUUGUUUAGAUAUUUUGUUGAGUGGAUCCCAAACAAUGUAAAAGUUGCAGUGUGUGAUAUACCUCCCAGAGGUCUUAAGAUGUCAGCAACAUUUAUUGGAAAUACCACUGCUAUCCAAGAGAUAUUCAAACGAAUUUCCGAACAAUUCACAGCUAUGUUCCGGCGGAAAGCUUUCUUGCAUUGGUAUACUGGUGAGGGUAUGGAUGAAAUGGAAUUCACUGAAGCUGAAUCCAAUAUGAAUGAUUUAGUAUCAGAAUACCAACAGUACCAGGUAUCAUUAAUCAUAAUUUUUAUAAUAAGCCUUGAAUUAUAUAUAUUAUAACUUAAUGUAAGUAAAUGUGUUACUCUGCCAUUGUUAUCAUAUUUUUCUCCUCAAAGUGAGAAACUUAUAUUGAUUAUUGUUAGCAUUUAUCUUAAGUCCAAAUAAUUUACUAUAACUAUUGAAUUUAUGUUUACAGGAAGCAACAGCUGAAGAAGUUGAAUUUGAUGAUGAAGAAGUCGGCCCUGAAGAGAUUGAUGAUACUAAAGAGUACUGAAUAUUGUAAAUUAAAUUGUAUGUUAAGGCGACUAUUGAUUGUCUCGUGGAUUAUUUGUAUUGUACGUUGACUUUAUUGAAUUUGAAUUCUUAUUGCAUUUAUUAAAUGUUGAUGCUUGUCGUUAGUAGUUUAAAAUGUUUAUUAAACUAAUGCCAUUUUUUAAUAUUACUUUUCAGUUUUGAUUCUGUAACAUGUAUUUUUAGUUUCCAUUUUGUGUUUCUAUUAUUUCAUUAUCGUCCCCCUCUACCUUAAAGAACUUUAGAUAGUUCAACUAAGUCACGAUUAUUGCUGGUGUCUGUUAGUUCAUACAAUGUUUUUCUACCAGCAAUUUUGCUCCAACUUAUAAUGGUAGCAAUUUG